ACUUUUUGUAGCACGUGGCCGUCACGUGACCGCAUUAUCUUCUCUUGCAUCAGAAAAGCGAGUUUCCGAACGGCAUUCUUGAAAGUUCUUCUAUUCGAAAAUGUCAGAUCAAAAAGACGCUGAGAAGGGAUGUUACAAGAGUGAGGAGAAGAUUGCUCUGAAGAGUGCAGAGGCAUCGAAUGAAGCAACUGUAGAUCAUGAGAAAUCAGCCGUCAAUGGCGGGGAAACUGUCAAGAUCACAGAUCCCAAUGAGAAACAAGCAGACUUUUGUGGCUUGUCGAAAGAGGAACUUCAACAUUUUGCUAAUGAUCCCUUCUGGAGGAAAGUUAGGCUAAUUCUUUUCAUAGCAUUUUGGGCUGCCUGGAUUGCUAUGCUCUUGGCUGCCAUUCUCAUUAUUGUCGUGGCACCAAAAUGCCCAGAACGACCCAAACUUAAAUGGUGGCAAAAGAGUUUAUUUUACAGAGUUUGCCCAAGAACUUUUCUAGAUAGUAAUGGCGAUGGAAAUGGAGAUUUCAAAGGUUUGGAAUCAAAGAUCCCAUACAUCCACGAUGAAGUACAUUCUGACGCAAUUAUUCUAACACCUAUCUUCAAAUCUAAAUACAACGAUCUUGGCUUUGACGUUACGGCUCUUGACAGUCUAAAUGAAGAGGUAUUUGGAAAAACAGAGGAUUUUAAAUCUCUCAUUAAGAAAGCUCACGGAAAAAACAUCAAAGUUGUGUUAGAUUUCGUCGUGAAUAAUAUCGAUAAGGACAGCGGUCGAUGGACUGAAGCCAGCAAGUUUGUUUCGAGGUCGAGCCAGCCAAGCAACCUAGAAUCAUUAUACAAAAAGGACAGCUGGAAUAAAAUAGAUAAUACUUACUAUUAUAGUACUUUAAGUGCCGAUCAUCUUGAUCUCGCUUUAGAGGAUAAGGAUGUAUUCUCAUAUGUGGAGACUUCAUUGAAGAAAUGGUUGGAUCUUGGUAUUGACGGAAUCCGUAUACCACACUCAGCUUAUUUAGUAGAGGGUAACGCAACUAUUACAGAAGAGAAUCGCAUCUUGACUGAAGGAACUUAUACAUUUCUUAAGAAAAUUAGUAAAAUUUUAAAUACUUACGAUGAUAAAGUUCUUAUUGCUGAUUUGGGAAAAGUCGAAACUUCUGACGAACAAGUUAACAAGUUGUUUGAGAGCGGUGUCAAUUUGGUUGAUUCGUUGAACUUAGAAUAUCAAGAAUCUCAGCCAUCUUCUAAAGCAGAUCUAUUUGAAAAAAUCGAGAAAACUUUAAAUCAAACUGACUCGCGAUGGCCAACUUGGAAUGUAGGAAAUGAAGAUACUUCCAGAUUUGGGAAUGAUGUUGCAAUCUGGCAGCUCCGCAGUGUGCUAAGCUUAUUGCUCAAAGGCACCAGCAUUGUCUAUUAUGGAAAUGAACUGGCUAUGACGAAUUCAAACAUAGCUAAUGAGAAAGAUAAAUAUAUGAAGAGAGAUAAGUUUAGAGCACCAAUGAUGUGGGAAGAUACAGUUAAUGGUGGUUUCACGAAAGGAAAACCAUGGUUAGAGAUUGAACCUGCCUCUAUUUCGAUAAAAUGUGUGGCUUGUCAAUUGGCCGCGAAGAAAGCACCUUUAAAAUUCUUUCAGGAAUUAGCAAACAUAAGAAAGGAACCAUCAUUCCAAUGGGGUCCCAUAACAUUAGAGGCAACAGAAAAUCAUAAAGUAAUUGUCUUUAUUAGACAAGCAACUGGCUUCGCUGGAUAUGUGGUUAUUAUCAACAUUGAUCCUAAACAUCGUGCAACAAUAAAUCUUAAGCAAGAGAACAAACAAUUACCUGAUAAGGCAACUGUUGUAAUUGCAACGGAAAACAGCGAGAAGAAAGUUGGAGACGAAGUAGAUCUAAAAUUAGCUGGAAUUCCACAACAAUCUGGUCUUGUCCUCAAAUGGGAAUGGAAAGAUUGGAAUAAGGAUGAAUAG